AUGGGUCUCAUCUUCAUCUUCGUGGGUUAUGCCCUUCGUCUGAGCAGCCAUUCACCAGUAGUGCACUUUUCAUCACUAAAUCUUACCAUAUUGGUUGCCAUGUUGUCGAAGCUUUUUGAAAUUCAGUUGGGGGUUGCAUAUAAACACAUCAAUUGUACACCAAUUAAAUCGUUCCCUGUAGAUCUUCGUCUUCUUGAGCAAUUGAAGGUGGAAUAUGAGGUAUUGCCUGAAUGGAAGAGUGAUAUUGCUUCUAUCAAAAACUAUGAUGACCUUCCAUUGGCUGCACGUACCGCGUAUGUACAAAGGAUAGAAGAACUUGUUGGUAUACCCGUCCAUUAUAUUGGUGUUAGACCUGGACAUUCUGUGACUUUUGAAAAUGAGGCUUGCAUGCUUUACAAGCUGGGGAGUGAAGAACAUGGAGAAGAGAAUCCAUGA